UCAUACCUAUAUAUAUAUAAUAUACAUAAUCAGUGUAAAUAUUACUACAUUUCCCGACUAAGAAUUUUGCUCAGAACAAAAGGUUUACAAAUCUUAAAAACAGAAUGGGAAAAUUAUCAAUGUUUGGAAUUACAUUGGAAGGGAACAGAACAGUAUAUUUCCCAGGCGAUUUCAUUAAAGGACAGGUUUUGAUUCAAGUAACUGAGCCAAUGAAGAUGAAAGCUAUUAAAAUCAAGUUUGUCGGCAGAGCAUACGUUCAUUGGUCUGAAACACACACAACAGGAUCAGGCGAAAAUCAACGAACCGAAACUCGACAUUAUUCUGCAACUGAGAACCUAUUCGAACAGACUGUCAUCGUACACGGAGAAGGCGCCAAUGAACAGACUAAGCUUCCACAAGGACAACAUGUGUUUCCAUUUCAGUAUCAAUUGCCGGCUCCACUUCCGUCGUCUUAUGAAGACAGCAUUGGAUACAUUAGAUACUGGGUGAAAGGAACAAUUGUGAAACCAUGGAAAUUUGAUAAACAUACAACGCGAGCGUUUACUGUUCUUGAUACAUUAGAUCUGAACAACAUUCCAAAUAUUUUGACUCCUUCUGGACAUUCAGACACAAAAACUCUUUGCUGCUGGUGUUGUACGAGUGGGCCGAUCGAGGCAGAAUUUCACACUGACAGAUCUGGUUACGUCCCAGGGGAAUAUAUUUUGAUCAAUGCUGCCAUCACUAAUUCAAGUAACAGCAAAGUUAAAUACACGUCUGCACAGUUAAUGCAAAAUGUGACGUAUCACGCAACAACCAAGACAAGGAAUGAUUCCCGAGUUGUCAACACAAUAACUGGGCCUGGAGUUGGUAAACGUGCGACUGAAAAUUGGACUAACGAAAGACUUCAGAUUCCCCCGCUACCCCCCUCUGAACUACUACACUGCAGAAUUAUUGACAUAUCUUAUUCUGUGAUUUUCCAGGCUCACCUGAGAACAUGUGCCGUUGACAUGCGUUUAUACGCACCAAUCACAAUCGGAACCAUUCCAAUUCGCAGUUUACAAAUGUAUGGGAACCAGCCCCCCCAACCAAUUGGUAUCGAACCACUAGCCGUAACACCAAGCGCUCCUCCAAACGAAAGUUUUCCACCCAACCCCUCGCCGAAUCCAGAGCAAGCAACAAGCGCUUAUCCUACGCCGGGAACUUUUAAUCUGCCCCCUCCCUCAUACGCAUCAGCAACCGGGGGUGGAGCAAUAAUAAAAGAUGAUGAUGAUGGAUAUACAAUGGGAGACACAUCCUUCACACCUCAGUAUACUUACUACGAUUGGAAUCAAUCGACUUUCACUUCCAACAAAUAAGUACUUGACGACAGAAUUUUUUUUAUAGUUUUAUAAAUAAUAGUGCCGCUUCCGAAGAAGUCAAAGAGAAGAGUGUAUUUAGCUGUUUAUCCUUAUAUUAUAUAUAUAUAUAUAUCGUUAUUUUUCUAUAAAUGAGUCCUAUUCUUCAUGCUCAUAUAUAUUGAGUUUAUUUGUUUUAUUAUUGUUAUUAUAUUCACAUACUAUUAAAUUAAUGUUCUAUUUAAUUUCUCUCAGAGCCAUAUGGCAUCAUAGGGCAAACCUUAGUGAAAUGACUAUAGUCCUGGGAAUAUACUGUCAUAUAUAUAUAUAUAUAUACUGAUUGUUAGGUGUGCGCAGCCUUCUUAAACUUUCGACAUGCUAAACUUGAUUGUGAACUAUGCCAGGACCGCUCUGUACAAAAAACAACAAAGAUUCCUCAAAACUAAAAACGAUCAGAUGGGAAUAAAUAUCGCCGCAUACUUUCCAUAUAUGUGAAUAUAUUAUAUUGAUAGAGAGAACUAUUUAUCAAACACAGUAGGCUACAAUGUAUAUAAUAGUCGAGUAGCAAAGGUGAACUUUAUAUAACACAGGCUUGUCCAUGUAACAUAUUUUUCUGUCCCAUGCUAUAGCAAUUAUGCCUGUCCCAUCCAUCCCAUAGGAUUCCCAUUGGAAUAAAAUUCAAUAAAAAUUGUAAAUUUAGGUUUAGCGUCUACUAAAUUGGACAACAUGCAUGUACGAAGACAUACAAAACAACAAAAUUUACGGACUUAGUUAACAUUAUAUUCAUAACUAUUAUACAUGUGUCUAUCAGCCCCUUCACGAAGUAUAUUGUUGAUGCUGAAUAUAUUUUGCUCUUUAUACCUAAC